GUACUUAAUUAUAGAAUCAAUACUAACCAAGAAUAACAUAUAUAAUGUAUGAUAUUUCAGUUAUUAAAUUAUUCUGUUAUUGUUAGUUUCUCUUUAUUUUUACCAAUUCCAGAAUCAAAAAUUUUAUUUCGCAAAUAUAGUUGCCAUAAAUACAUACCCAUCUAUGUGCUACGCAUUCAAUCGCAGUGUGUAGUUACAAGUGUCAGAUUCGCAAUUGAGAAUUGAGUGCCGUUGGGAGAGGACAUGGAGGUAAUUGAAAAGUGUUCCAGCAUGAUUCUGACUAAUUUUUAACUAUGUUGACUGUCAUCAGUUGAUAAGAAAGUGAUCAUUAUCAAGAUCGAAAGAUUUACGUUUGAAACAUGGAAAUUGUGUGUAACAGUGACGAUUAAGCAAUGUUAAUGAUUUUUCACAUUAUUACAGUUGUCGACCUAGUAUGUCACUUAAUUUUCGAGUCCUUAAUAGAUUUCUGUAAAUUCAGUAACAGACUGUAAGUUAAAGGAUGCGAUGCACCUUCAAAAUGUCGUUUGUAGGAGUCGUUCGUAAAUAGCCAAUAAUCACUCAAAUUUGGUGUAAUGAUUUUCAAAGUAUCAGACAGUUUAUUCUGGAUGCCAAAGUUUCUGAUCAACAAGAUUUUAAUUUAUUGACACAGGCGAGAGAAAAGUAAAAAAUGACUGAGAGUUUAAUAAAUGAAUGGCUGGCAGACUGUUCAGAUGUCUCGCCUUCGGAACUCCACACUUUUGCUACUACUCUAUUGCAAGAUAACGAGAUAGUUAGAGCACUUUACGUGCUUUUGGAAGAGCGUAGCAAAUACAGUCAGUUGGUGGAUACAGUAUGCGAUCAGUUAUACAAUUUCUACCGUUCCCGGGAAACAGAAUUGCAAAGGUUUACCUUGCAGUUCUUGCCAACAUUGGUAUAUAUUUAUUUGAAUUCUGCAGCUCAUGGUGAUAUUAAGAAUUGUCGAUCUGUAGAAACAUUAUUGAUCGGAUUAUACAAUUUGGAAAUAGUUGAUAAAUCUGGGCAACAGAAAGCAAUUUCUUUUAGAGUACCAUCUCUUGCCAUGUUGUCUAUAUUUCAUGAGCCUGCAAGUUUAGCACCAGCUUCUUUAACGGAAAGUGCUGUGCGUAGAUUUGAAGAAUGCAAUACAAAAUUAGUUAGUUGGGGACCGCUGCAGCAAGUAGAAACACUGAAUGCACAGAACAGAUUGAAAGUAAUGACUGCUCUUCUCUUUAUUUACAAUCAACAACUGGGUUACAUAAAUAAAUUUGCUUUAGAGCAAUUGUGCAAAGUUGCCACCAAACUUGUCACUCAAGGAUUCAUGAAACCAGGACAUCAUCAAAGAUCUUCAUAUGGAAGCGAGUCCAGUUUUGUUCCAAGACUGUUACCUCGUAUACCCGUAUCAAGUCAAUUUCUUCUUGAAUUUUUACAUGCUGUAUAUUUUGCUAUGUAUAAUGACUGCUGGUAUUUAGGUACACAAGCAGUGGAAGAUAUUCACAAUCGAGCGUGUUAUGAAACAUACCCAGAUGUCAUGCUAGUCACAAAUGCUAUACGUAAUUCUGCUAGUUCUGGACCAUCAGGUCAACUUAGCGAUGGAUCAAUUGGUGUGAGUGUAGCAUUGUCACCAAGCGCAACUGCAACAGUAUCUAAGUCUAUGAUCACAAAUGCUUCCUUUCGAACGAAAAAGUUGCCAGACGAUCUGGAUGAGAUGUUAUUCGCGGCUGAACUCGACAAUGCUACUGCUCAACUUGAAAAUGAUCAACCGCAACCAACAGUAUCCAGCAGUAUCAAGUGGUUCCCUUGGCAAUCGAAACAAUCGCUUACAGCGGCAAAUGAAGAAACCGCCAGAAUGAAAAAAGUCAGUUCUACUUCCUCAUUGGAAAGUUCUAGACAUGGAAGCGUGUGCAGUGCUCAAAAUUCACCUAAUAAAUCGUCUCCUAGAAAGAGCAAAGAUCACUCGAAAAGAAAUACAUCUGAACAUAAUGAAGAUCAUAAUCUAAAAGUGAAUCUACGUAAGAGAAAGGAGCAGAAAGAAUGUAGUGAUUCUGCUUAUGGAGAAAAUAAAAUAAGUUCUGGCUCUCAUUUGUACAGUGUUUUGGAAGAACAAGUUCUAGGAGAACUAAUCCAUGAAUCGAUGGAAAAUUUGUAUGUGGAUGGAAAUAAAACGUUGAAUUAUCGUACAACUGCUGCUUUAUCAACGAAUACAUGGUAUUAGUGGUUCAGUUUCAGCACUUUAGGAUCACAUGAUAUACCAAUUCAAGUUACGAAAGAAGAUUCUAGUGGAGAAGGGAAAAGUAAUCUUGUAUCGAUCACAGAAGAAGACACCACAGAGCCAAAUAGAGUUGGUUCAAUGAGACAAUCUAAAGAUCAGAAAACAGCGUCGAAAAUCACGAACUUUCCAGUGCUUGGGAAGAAACCUAGAGAGAAAGAUAGCAAAGUGGCUAAAAAUACACAUACCGCUAUCUCAGACAAAGAGAAGAAACUUGGAUCUCAGACGACUUCAAAAGAAAGCAUUAAAGGUAGUUCUUCAAUGUUAAAUAGCGAAUCGACAGAGCUUGACGGAAAUGUAAAUGGAUGUUCGAUCAGAAAAAAGAAUACUAGUGUAGAAAAUAAUUCAGUUACAGUAGAUGCUAAUAUUUCAUUAAUUGAUGGGGAAUGUCACACGUUGAGUGGAGAUUUAGAUAAUACUAAUAUGGAGACUUCAAUUAACUUAAGAACACACAAUGAACCAGAACCAUUGACUUCAUCUAUUCAGGUCAGCUCUGUUUAAAUUACAAAAGAAGGUAGAUUUAUGAAAUGAAAACAAGAUAGUAUUGGGCUAUACUGAAUAAACAUAACAUUUCUUUUUCCACGUCGGUUGUAUAUAGUCAUUGCUCUCAAUAUAGUGGAUCUUUGAGAAAUAUUCGUUCAGCAUUUAAAAAACAUUGUGAUCUGACACAAAGAGCAUUGUAACAUCACGUUCUUUCAGACAUGGCUCAUUACUACACAGAUCUCCGUAACUAGCUAAAAAAAGAAGAAAACGAAUAUAAUGGGGAAGGGAACAAUAAAUUAAGACAAUGUACGUUUUCUUUUGCUGAAUGUACAUAAAUGUGUAUUAAAGGGUUCUGUUAAUUGUCUUUAUAAUGUGUUUUGAUAUAUUAAACAUAUGUUUUAAUGUAUGCUUUUUUCAAAGUUUUUAUUUAUAAUUUUUUUCAUGAUUUUUAGAAUCAGAAAUCAGAUCGUACAUUUAUUCACAAAAAUAUAAAAUUAAUUAAUAACUCAAUAUACUAACAUUUAAUUAAUUCGAAACAUAAAUAUUUUAAACUAAAACGAAUGUACUUAUUUAUUUUUCCUUUAAAUUAUAUUUAUUGUUAAAUUUACUUUCAUAUAUAUAUAAAGUAUUCAUUUAUUAUCAUUUUGGUUAUAAGUUGUUCUUUUUAAAAAUUGCUACCUAUACACAACAGACGAAAACAAAUGGCUAAUAGUUGUACAAGAACCAGUAAUUUCACUAAAAAUAAUCAGAAAUGUUUCAUAUUUUCAUGAAAAAUAUUUUUUGUUAGAUCUUCACAUUUUGGAUAUUCUGCUAACAGGAUAUACGACUGACUUGUUUUUUGGGACAGUUUAAAAAGAUAUUUAGACAAAUCUUGUACUUUUUCUAUAAUGUAUCUAUAUGCCUAUCUACAUGCAUAGAGUUCUCUAAUUUAUGUUUAGAUGAAACUGUGUUUUUAUAUAAAUUUCUACUCGAAAAAAUGUUUUUAGCUAACAUCAUAUCUAUCUUAUAACACAUUCUAAAUGAUUUGUAUCAAUAUUUUUCCAUAACAGUACUGUUUAUAUACCUAAGACCUUUCAAUGCAUAGGUUUUUAUAUUUUAUUAGACAUUUUAUAUUACACAUGAUUGUAAUCAACAUUUAUUUCAUUAAUUUUACUAUAAUCAUAGAAAUUACUUUAAAGUAUACAUAGAACUAUACUUAAAAACCAAAUUUCUUGUAUAAUACAUUAUUCAGAAUGAAGAAUAUCUAAAUCAAAUUGUCCGAAAACACAUCUUCUUUAAUUCAUCCAAUAUGUACAUUUUCAAACAUGCGCAAUUAUUAUACAUUUUUCAAGAAUACCUUUUUCAAAAAUAUUCAUCAGCUACUUAUUUUUUCAUACAAGACAAGUGAAACAUACCGAAAUAUUAAGUAACAUGGAAAAAAAAUUGAAAUUAUCUGAGAAAAGAAGGAGAAUCGAACUUGGAAUUGGUAUUUACUUAAAAAGACUGUAUGCUUCAUCAUACUAUUACUUAGUGUAUUAAAAAAUAUACAAUCAUAACUUUUUUUUAACCAAUUAGAGUGUUCAACAAGAUGUUACUCGAAUAUCAAUAUCAAAUCAAGAAGAAACAUAUAAUGCAUUUGUCUGAACACAUGUUUGAAACAAUUGUUUAUCAACUCUUGUAUCACGUUUAAAAUCUUUAAAUGGUGAUAUAAUUCAGUCUAUUAAAUAAUAUGCAAAAGGCUGAUAAAUAUCAUACCUUGUAGAAACUAUAUAUUUAUAGCUUUAUAGAAUAUCACAAUUAACGUAUUAUUUUCAUGAAAAAG